UUGAUAAAGUUUUUGCCCAAAUUCGCGGCCAAAUGUUGUGUAGUGUCGCAAACGGGUCAGUUCCAGAUCUUCGAUGUGACCGACUAUACGCAACGGUACAUCCAGAACGUCCAGUUGCCCCCAUCCGGCGCUUCCAUCACUAGUUUCGACGUCUCGUCCACCGGUCAGGCGCUGGCCUUUGGCGACGAUCACAACUACAUCUAUCUGUACGGCGCGUGCAGUGAAGUGGACUUCAAUAUGGGCAGCAAACCCACCGAAUUCGCCGACCCUAUAGAGCCGGUGCGUGCGGUGCCCAUCACUGACAUAUAUACUCCCAUAUCAGAGAUCUCUCCCUUUCCCUAUUGGGCCAUAUCUGACAAAUUGCUGUCCGAUAUGUCGCCCGAUAUUUGUCGCAAGACAUACCGCCCGACGCCUGCCAUUGAUCCGGAAAUUCUGCGAACAUUAAGAAUGGUUGGAUCUAUUGGUUACGCACCCAAUCACGGCAAGAGACUUCACGUCCGCUCAACGGUGGCCACAGAGUCCGCACAUAAUUCCAAACGAAACAGUCCAGAGGCCAAUGAGAUGCCGCACCGGUACUACUUCUUAGAGCCCAACUACGACAAGAUGGACAAAGACGAGUACGACUUUCUUCGAUACAAUCACUCACCAUUCGCGGGACUCGACUCAACACUUCCCAACUCGUACUCCAAUAAUAUGAUCCAAUCGUUGUAUUUCAUACGUCCUCUUCGGACCGGUAUUAUCGGUCACGUGUGUAAAAAGGAGUAC